UGUCACUAGAUUUGUAAUUUGUUUUGCGCCGGAUACAAGUUUGUAUUUCAUAAUAACAGUGUAAAUCUUGUUAACAUCGAACGAGCACUUUAAAAUAAUGGCUUCAUUAGCAGCGGCGCAAGUUCAAGAAGUGCGUUCUAUAACGCGAAUAGAGAGGAUUGGUGCUCACUCUCAUAUCAGAGGAUUAGGUUUAGAUGAUGCGUUGGAGCCGAGAGCGGUGUCCCAGGGGAUGGUGGGCCAGAAGAUGGCGAGGAAGGCCGCUGGAGUCAUCCUACAGAUGAUCCGCGAAGGAAAAAUAGCGGGCAGAGCAGUGCUUCUAGCGGGCCAACCUGGUACUGGUAAGACUGCAAUAGCCAUGGGACUCGCACAGGCUUUGGGGCCAGAUACACCUUUUACAAGCAUGGCAGGUUCCGAAAUCUAUUCAUUGGAGAUGAGCAAAACGGAGGCAUUGACACAAGCGAUAAGGAAAUCUAUCGGCAUAAGAAUUAAAGAGGAAUCGGAGAUAAUCGAGGGUGAGGUGGUCGAGGUGGUGAUAGAACGUGCAGCCGGUGGUGGGGGGGCGCGGUCCGGGAGGUUAACCCUCAAGACGACAGACAUGGAGACCACCGCGCCCUACGCGCCGCACGAGCUGCGCGAGAUACUCAACAUACGAUGCGAAGAGGAAGACUGCCAGAUGUCCGCGGACGCGCUCACGGUGCUCACCCGCGUGGCCACCGAGACCUCGCUGCGAUACGCCAUACAGCUGAUCACCACGGCCUCCCUCGUCGCCAAGAGGAGGAAGGCCGCCGAGGUGAGUAUGGAGGACGUGAAGAAGGUCUACUCGCUGUUCCUCGACGAGCACAGGUCUGAGCAGUUCCUGAAAGAGUACCAGGACGAGUUUAUGUUCAACGACGGGUCGGGAGAUGGACCACAGUCAAUGGAAGUGUCCCAGUGAAAUGUAGCUAGUAUGAAAAAUGAGUUUGAGCACAGAAUGUUUGAGUUUCGCAGAAGACAAUAUUUUUAAGUUACUUUAAGUACUUGAAUAAGCUUUACGUUAUUUUAAUAAUAAAUUUUUAAAUAAA